AGAAAUCAAAAUGGCGGACGAGUCGCGUGGUGAGAAGAAGGAACAAUUAAAGAAACCUUAUAAAGAAAGGCAAGAUUUCAUCUGCAAGCAGAAAAUAAAAGUUGAGCCAGAGCUUUUUGAUUUGGAAAAGAUUGCAAAGGAAGCAUCAAAAGCAUUGAAUUUAUCUGAGAAACCAAAUGAAUGUGGUGAAUGUGGCAUGGGUUUUACCCGACAUGCAUACCUGAAGAGACACCUAAUGAUUCACUCAGGGCAGAAACCAUACAGAUGUGAUGAAUGUGGUAAGGGCUUUACCCAAUCUGGAGCCCUGAAUAGACACCUAAGGAUUCACUCAGGACAGAAACCAUACAAAUGUGAUGAAUGUGGCAAGUGCUUCAACCAAUCUGCAAACCUGAAAACACACCUAAGGAUUCACUCAGGACAGAAACCAUACAAAUGUGAUGAAUGUGGCAAAUGCUUUACCCGACAAACAGACCAGAAGACACACCUAAGGAUUCACUCAGGACAGAAACCAUACGAAUGCGUUGCCUGUGACAAAUGCUUUACCCGACAAACACACCUAAAGAGACACCUAAUGACUCACUUAGGACAGAAACCACACAAAUGUAAUGAUCUGGACAGUUAAAAGUACACCUAAUGAUUCACUCAGGCCAGAAACCACACAAAUGUGAUGAAUGUGGCAAAUGCUUUCACCAAUCUGUAUUGUACGACGGUCAAGUGCUAAGUGACUUUAUUAUCUCAAAACCGUGACGUCAUACAACGUCACGCAAUCAUACAUAAUACAACAUCCCCCUUUCAGUUUACACAAAAUCAUGUCCAUAAACUUAUAACUAACAAACUUGAAUUGGAACGGUCUAAAUGCUAAUUUGCAUCCACACUAAAUAAUCAUCAUAAUCAGGUGUUUAGUGACACUUGUGAACGUCCAACUAAUAAUAAAUCAUGUCUGGAUUAUUA